UGAAGUAAAGUAGAGCGACACCGCGCAGCGAGACGGCAUGGACUGACAAUCUGUAUCUGUAAAACAAAGUCCACUCUUAGACAGGCUAUGUUGACACGACACAUUUGGACUCUGGGAUGUUUAAGGACUCGGAAUCUACGGAGUUUUCUUUUCGUGCAAAUCUAUGUAGGACGUGACAACUGCAACCUGGACUACUAUUGUAAAACAGGAAUGGUUUAUCCUCCCGAAGGUUUAUUCUACAUCGAAAUGGAUCAAGCACCACCAGCGCUCCCUCCCAGGUCAACAAAGCCAGUGUCUUCCAGCAUGAACAACAACUGUCCUUCGCCACCUGCGUAUUCGCUGCAGGACGCCGAAUGGUAUUGGGGAGACAUAACAAGGGAUGAAGUAAACGAGAAGCUCCGAGACACACCUGACGGCUCCUUCAUGGUGCGUGACGCAUCCACAAAGCUGCAAGGAGACUUUACGCUGACAUUAAGGAAAGACGGGCACAAUAAGCUGAUCAAGAUUUACCACCGCGAUGGCAAGUACGGCUUCUCGGACCCCCUCACGUUCACUUCGGUCGUGGAGCUCAUCUGGCACUACCAGCACCAUCCUUUGGUGGAAUACAACGCCACACUGGACCUGAUGCUCACCCAUCCUGUGUCCCGCUUCCAGCAGGUGGAAAAGGACAACGUUGAUGUCGCUGGAAGAAAACUCAAGGAGGUCCACUGUCAGUACCAAGAGAAAUCAAAGGAGUUUGAUCGUCUUUACGAAGCCUUCACAAAGACUUCACAGGAGAUCCAGAUGAAGCGCACGGCGAUAGAGGCCUUUAAUGAGACGAUGCUCAUCUUCGAGGAGCAGUGUCGCGAGCAGGAGCGUUACGGGGAGGAGUUUGAGAGGAGCAGCCUUUCCGAGGGAGCCGACAAAGAUCUGGAGAGCUUUCUGAUAAAUUACGAGAAGCUGAAGUGCCGUCUCGGGGAGAUCUAUGACAGCAAAAUCCACCUGGAGGAAGACUUGAGGACGCAGGUGGAGGACUACAGAGAGACGGACAGGAAAAUGAACAGCUUGCGGCCAGAUCUCAUCCAGCUACGCAACAUCAGAGACCAGUAUCUCAACUGGCUUAAUCACAAAGGCGUACGGCAGAAACGCAUAAAUGACUGGCUGGGGAUACACAGCGACAGCCUUGACGACACAUACGUGUUGAAGGGAGACGAGAAGAAUUUGCCACAUCAGGACGAGACGAGUUGGUUUGUCGGUGAACUGAGUCGGACACAGGCUGAGGAGAUGCUUCAAGGCAAAGAUCCCGGAACGUUCCUGAUCCGGGAAAGCAGCAAGCAGGGCUGCUACGCCUGCUCCGUUGUAGUGAAUGAAGAAGUCAAGCAUUGCAUGAUCUACAGCACACCGCACGGAUACGGCUUCGCUGAGCCCUACGACGUCCACUGCUCGCUGAAAGACCUCGUCCUGCACUACCGCCUGCACUCCUUAGCGCAACACAAUGACGCCCUGGAUGUUCGGCUGUCGCAUCCCGUACACGCCAAAGCCGCAGCCACGCCUUCUCAACACGCAGACGAACACAAACUGUUACAGACUCCUAAACACACGUCGGGGCUCCCGCCUGCCGCUCCAGAAAUGUAAUCCAGCGGACAGAGAGAGAGAAAGAGAGAGAGAGGGAUGGACAGAAAAAAAAAAAGGACAUGUUUACUGUAUCCUGCGAGAAUGACUGCAUCGAGGUGCAUUGUGUAAAAAUUUUGCACUACAGUGAUUCCAUCGGUUUUUUUGUGAAUGGGAUUUCACAGAUUGAAGUGGGUCGGAACUUGAAUGUCAGCUUGAACUUUUAUUUUUUUUAGUUUUCAAAGAGACUGUUUAUGCUUUCAAACAAAUUUUUUUUUUUUUUUUUUGUACUUCAUUUAUUGCCGUUUGUUCUAAUGGACUCCGUUUCGGUAGGGAUGUCGACAACCUGAAAUUUGCUCACUGACAUCGGGUGCUGCACCUUCGUUUGAGUUGACGUUGCUUGAGAUGUCCAUUUCCCCCCCAAUUAAAGAUGUAUUCAGUUUUGGAAAUUUGACCAAUAUGUUAGAUAUAUAUAGAGUUACUACUACAAAGUGCAUUUGUGAGGGUUAAAAAAAAACAACAAAAAAAAAACAAAAACAAAAAAACAUGGUGCUGUAAACAGGCUGAUUCCAUCGUAUGUUUUUUGGUGGACCAAACCAUUUUUUGGGUAAAACGCCACGUGUGAAUAUGUGAAAAGUCGUGGUGCAUCUUGACUAUUUGCCCCUUUUCUUGAUAGACAUUCAUAUACGACGGCUAAUUAUGUAGCAUUAACAUCCUGUAGAAUACCAUAGUAAAAGCAUACUCAAUGUUAUACCCACUGACCAAAGCACUUAAAUAGUGAGCAAAACUACAUCCCCCGUUUAGUCCGGUAAUUGCAUUUGGGCAAGGGUAGGGCAAUUUAUGUACACCUGCUGAUGUGCUGAUCAAAAACAUAAUCUGAAGUACUGUAUGUUAUAUUCUGUUACUCAAAGAAGUAUAAGCUUUUUGUAUUCUAUAUAUAUUUUUUCUAUAAACAUGCCACAAGAUGAAAGCUUGAAGAAAGUGCAAUCCAACAGUAUUUCUAUUGUUGCAAUGUAUGAUGAUGGUGGUGGUGGUGGUAGUGGUGGUGGUGAAGGUAAUGCUGUUAUGAGAGGUUGACAUUUGCCACAAAAAUGCACUCUCUUUGGUGGUGUCGGUAUGAUGUGGCCUCCGAUGUUUGUGUGAACUGCCAGAGGUCCGGAAGUAUCCUGCCUCCAUUACUUGAACUGUGGCAUUGCUCGAGCUAUGAAUGUUUUUCAUGACAUGCAGCCUACAUAGCUUAAGAGGAAAGGAAUCCAUGUUGAACUUGGCACAUUUUUCAAGUUUGAGGACAAUAGAUACUCUGUACAGAGAAACCGUAAAAUGUAUUUCUGAGGUUGGUUUAUGGAAGGAGGUUGAUUAAGCCUCUUAAAAAAUAUAUAACUCCACUGGGGGAUCGAGGAAACUCCUCGGGUGAAGCUGAGCAAUGUGAGAUCCUGACCUUUUUCUUGCUGAAAGACAAUAAACUGAUGAGGGUUUUGUCAACUUA